AUGAGAUAAAGAAUCAGAAUAAAUCAAGACGAUAUCAAUACAAAAAUGCAUUAUAAAAAAGCAAGUAAAAUAUUUUUAAUGUUUGAUAGAAUACAACUCCUUCAAUUCCAAAAACUCCUCAUAUAAUCUGUUAUAGAGUCUCUAUCAUCUGUUAAAAAAAUAGACAUCAAUAGAAAAUAACUUAUAAUUGUGCCUUUAAGUUCAAAUUAAGAAAGUAAAAAAAAUUAUAAUAAAAAAAUAAUAAGUUAAUGAUUAUGACUUAUUAAAUUUAUAAGGCAAAAUUUCUGAAUUCACAUUUUUAUACAUAUUUCAUUAGUCUCUUAAGGAAAAUUCAUUAUUGUUAAAAGCAUUUAUUAAAACCUUUAACAACUAUAUCAAAAUACAUAAUUCCUUUUGA